AUGAUAGAUGCGAUUAGACAUGAUGAUACCAAAUUCGCCGAGGCGCUUCUUUCCCAUGGACUACCCUUGCACCCGGAUUACGCCUUGGAAGCAGCGAAGUGGAAGGCAACGAAUGUCCUUGAAGUGCUUCUUAAGAACGGCUUCGAUAUCAACAAGCCAAUAAGUGACGGACAGCUCCCGGUACUUGGUCACAUAGCCCAGGACCAAGACAUGGUGUUAUGGCUACUCAGGCAUGGGGCUGAUCUGAAUCAAACAUGUCUGAUUGACUUGACACCACUUUCUUAUGCUGUUCACUACGCACCUAUCUCAAAUAUUAAACUCUUUCUUGACAAUGGAGGCGACACCCAACAAGGCCAGCUUCUAUUCCACGCGCUGAAUAGGGAAGCUGAAGUGAUUGAAGUCUUAACACUUCUUCUUAAGGAAGGUGCUCCAUUGAAUGGGACAUUAUAUCAGAAUCAUCCCCUCUCCCGGUCUCUUUACGCUUUUAUGGGACUUGGUACUAUUUUACACAAGGCGGCAAAGCUUGGAAAGGUCGACGUUGUACGAUUCCUGGUUUGUGAAGGGGUAGACUUGAGCAUUAAAGAUGCAAAUGGUAACACCGCUUUGGAUUGUGCCAGGGAACGAGGCAAAAUUGAAGUUGUACCAUUGCUCGAGGGCUCAACCGAUCAUUAA